UUUGAGCCACUCGAAGCAAAUGGCAAACCACAAAUCUCUCAAAAAUCCCACAGCUAUAUAAAAACACCUUCCCCACAGCACAGCAAAAUGAAUAAACUCAUCUUCCCUUAAAGAACCAUUUGCAUUCUUGAGUGUGGUUCUAAAAAGGUCAGGUCUGGUUAAAAGGUCCGAAACCCGCCUAGCGAAUACGGGUUCGGCCCCAGACCGAAAAAAAAAAAGGACAAAAAAGGCAAAAAAUCUGUAUUCAAAACUAAAAAAAGAAGAAUAAUGCAGAUGGAUUUCGGACGCUACACACGGUUUGUCGUGCUCUUUGCUAUUGCCUCGUGCAUCAACGCAAACAUCUUCGAGCUCGACGAGGUUUGGCAGAAACGUGCUGACGAGGCAUGGAACCGGACCCUCGCGUCUUACGAGCCUAAUCCCGAGAAGAUCGUCAGCCACCUCAACCUCCACGUCCACAGAGCCAUGAAGGAAGUGAAGGCCGAGAAAACGGGCACGAACAGCACGCGCCGCCACCUGUCGCACGGGUACAGCGGCCCGUGCCUGGCGACGAACCCGAUCGACCGGUGCUGGCGGUGCCAACCCAAUUGGGCGGAGAAUCGAUUUCGGCUGGCGGAUUGCGGUCUCGGUUUCGGGUACAAGGCCAAGGGCGGAAAAGGCGGGAAAAUCUACGUGGUGACGGACUCGUCAGAUACCGACAUGGUGAACCCGAAAAAGGGGACCCUUCGGCACGCGGUUAUUCAGAAGGAGCCAUUAUGGAUAGUUUUCGCUAAAGACAUGGUCAUCCGAUUGAGCCAAGAGCUGAUAAUGACGAGCGACAAGACGAUCGACGCUCGUGGGGCCAACGUCCACAUCGCGUACGGAGCCGGGAUCACGAUCCAAUACGUGAAGAACGUCAUAAUCCACGGGCUCCGAAUCCACGACAUAGUCCCGGGAUCGGGAGGCCUCAUCCGAGACGCGGUCGACCACUUCGGACUCCGGACAAGGAGCGACGGGGACGGGAUCUCGAUUUUCGGGGCGCAAGACGUGUGGAUCGACCAUGUCUCGAUGACAAAUUGUAGCGACGGGCUCAUCGACGCCAUCAUGGGCUCGACCGGCAUCACCAUCUCAAACGGACACUUCACCGACCACAACGAGGCGAUGUUGUUUGGGGCAAGCGACUCGCACUCAAAUGACGCGCUCAUGCAAAUAACGGUGGCGUUUAACCACUUUGGAAAAAGGAUGGUUCAGAGAAUGCCGAGGUGUAGGUGGGGAUACAUACACGUCGUCAACAACGAUUACACGCACUGGAAUAUGUACGCUAUUGGUGGGAGCGCCCACCCGACAAUCAUUAGCCAGGGAAAUCGCUACAUUGCUCCACCGGACAAUCCAUUCGCCAAGGAGGUGACGAAAAGGGAGUACUCACCGGAGUCUGUGUGGAAGAUGUGGACAUGGAGAUCGGAAGGGGACAUGUUCUUGAGAGGGGCAUUUUUCGUGCAGUCGGGAGACCCAAAAUUCACGAGCAAGCACCCGGAAAAGUACGACAAGAUUGUGGCUGCAUCCGCGCAGAAUGUUGGGGAGAUGACCAAGUUUGCAGAAAAGGUGCUCCUGCUCGGUCUUGAACCUGAUGAGAAGAUCAAAGUAAUGCAUAUUCGAACUCUCAGCAGUAUAUGCCUCUCGAACUCCACAUUGUUUCAGUUCAAGUUGUGCAAAUUCUAUCGACAUAUGUAUGUAACAUACUAA